CAAAAAGGAAUUGUCAUUCUCUGCCCCCCGUUUCAGACCCUGGAAGAUGCGCUGGUACAGUGCCAGAGUUGGUCUAUUUUAGUCAUCCUCGCCCAUUCUAGCUCGAGACGAUGGCCGAUGAUCAGCUAGAAUGGCUUUGCUCCUCCGUCACCCUCCAAUCGGACAAAAGGGGCUUUUUCCAGGAGUUCGCGGAAAACGUCUCCUCAUCGGUCGACGAAGGAUGGCUCAGGGAUUUCGGCCUCCUCGCCAUCGACAAAGAACGGAUUCUACACUGCUAUCGCGACCCUAAGGUGAAACCGUUGGUCCGGUCGACCCUGGCCAACGUGCAGCGUAUAUUCAGAGGGAAGUGUGCCCCAUUCUCGAAGACGAAACGAGAGGAGGCGGACCAGUUUUACAAAAGGGGAAACAACGAGAGGGCAGUCACUCUGGCGAACCAGAGCGUGGCGAGGGCUCCUUACCCAGGUCUGGACAUGACGGUGGACGAUGGACUCUCGCUGCCACUGGCACUCUGGGUACGCGCACGUCCAUUCCACGCCUCCGGCAAAUACAGGCUGGCACUCAACGACGCCCAGCUCGCCGUCAAAAACCGACUCCCUGAGGAUUUAAAGUUGAACGCCUACGAGCUCAUCUCCGACUGCUUCCUCAGACUGGGACUAAAGAAGCAGGCCGAAAUCGCGCUUAGGAUAGUUGUCAACCUCGCCAUGAUCAGAGGUGACAAAGGGUCGGAGGAGAGGCACCAGGCGAUACUCGCGGACAUCGACGCCAACGUCAACCCUGUGGAGGAAUGGAUGGGCGGAGAGGAACUUCCGGAACUGCUGGAAGGAGAGAGUAGGGCGAUGCCCUACUUGUCCUCAUCCCUCAGCAUGAAGCGUUCUAUGGAGAAGGGCAGGUACAUGGUGGCCAACACAUCGAUCAAAACCGGUUCCACCCUCGCCGUCGAAGAGCCCUACUCUUCGGUCCUCAGGUUCGAGAAGAACGGCACCCACUGCCUCAACUGUUUCAAAAGGGUCGAGACCGUGAUACCGUGCCGAGACUGCAGCGGGGUAGCCUACUGCACGGAAGAAUGCCGGCUAUCGGGUGACCAGUAUCACAAAUGGGAGUGCCCGUUCACGGAGCUCAUGAUCGGCUCUGGCAUGUCCGUCCUGAGCCAGCUCUCACUGAGGAUGAUCACCCAGUCGAACGUGCUCUUCUUUAAAGACCUCGUGACCGCGAUACAGGACAACUUGGACCACCCUUACCUUCAAGUUUACAACAUGGAGACACACUGUAAAGAAAGACAGCCUAAGGAUUUCCUCUAUAGAACACUCAUGGCGCUCUUCCUUCUCGAGAUACUCAGGAACUCUGGUUAUUUCAAACAACAUGGCUCACAAAACCCAGACGAGCUGUCCGAUAUGGAGGUCAUGGUUGGCUGCCUGCUUUUAAGGCAGUUACAGCUGACUCAGUACAACGUACACGAGAUUUAUGAGACUUACGUCAAACCCGAGGGUAAACCGUGGACUUUGAAGGAUUCCAAGGCGCAUUACAUUGGUGUCGGGUUGUACCCGUCUUCUUCUAUGUUCAACCACGGCUGCAAUCCGACCAUGGCGAGGUAUUUUAUAGGAAAGAACCUUGUACUGAGGGCUGAGAGGCCUUUGGCGCGAGGAGAAGAGGUGACGGAAAACUACGGCGUCUCUUGUACUUUAAAAGCUUUCGAGGAGAGGAAGAAGACCCUGAAGGCUCGAUACAGGUUCGACUGCUUGUGCAUCGCCUGCAGGGAAAACUGGCCCAAACUGGCCGAUUUGGAUGAAGCUAGAUUAAUAAUCAAGUGUUCGAGGACCCCAUGCGUCGGUGUCUUUGAAUACAAGGAGGUGGUUGAGAGAUGGAACUGCCCGGUUUGUAAGCAGAAAAACGAUGUCCAACCGCAGCUGGCUAGGUGUGGGAGGUUCAAGGAGGAGUUUGAAAAAGCCCAAGGUUUGGUUGAAAGCUUGAAACUCGACGAGGCUGUUCGGACCCUGUGCACCUUGAUAGAUUCAGCUUCGGAGGUCGUCGCUCAGCCGAACAAGUUCCUCUACACCGCCAUGGAAUCCCUUCGUACGUGCUGGGCUUGCUCACAUAAUUUUCACCUACUUUGAUUUAUUUUUUCCAUUAUUGUCAUUACUAAAUAAAACUGUUUUAUCGAAGCGUA